CAUAGACCGACAGAGACUUAUCCCAUGACAGUAAUGUCACAAAAACACGGCUUUGCCUGUCCAGAUGCGGCACAACGGCCAAGUUUCAAUAGGAAGGACACUUUUCGUUGUCCUUAUCAGUCUUUCUUCAAUCUCCCGGCUUCUUUGUCUCACCUACUCGCCAUCUCACGAUUGAGACCUAUCACUCACGUGGGUUAUUGGACCUGACAGGAGGCGAUGAUUUUCUAAGAGCUUUCUGAGUCGCUCAGUCACUCUAUACUAUACCUCUCUUCUUGCCCAAAAAAGACCGCUCUAUACCUGCAUUGCCCAAUUCAGCAUCUUAUACAAUCACCCAAUCAAUCAUCCCGCUUUCUUCCCAAUCCUCGCUCUGUGUACUGCAGGAAAUACUCUACUGUUCACGACCACUUCGGACGGACGAGGUUGAAUCAUGUCAAAUACAGUAAAGUUCAGGCCGCUGUUGCCGCUCGUCGCCGCUGCCAACGGCCCGCCGCCGACAGCGCCCGUUGUCACAAGACCACCAAUGAGGAAGAGAUCACACGUCUCAGCCGCAUGUAACGGCUGCCGGAAGAGAAAGGUCAAGUGUGAUGGCGUUCGACCGAGCUGCUAUACCUGCAUGACGUCAAAUUCGCCAUGCGUUUACCUCGUCCCAGAGGGCCUCUCGCAGAGGCAAGCCCAGAAGCAGAAACUCGACUACGUGUCCAGGGCCCAUGAGAACAGUCAACGGGUGUUAGAAUUGCUCCGGGCGAGUCGGGACGGCGCCUCUCACGACAUUUUGAAGCAGCUACAACACUCAGAGCACCUUGACGAGGCGGUCCAAUCGAUAGCCGACGCUAGUCUCUUGCUUCCCAAGUCUCACGAAAAAAGACGUGAGUUUUCCAGCAAGUCCAAGACACGUCAAACAGGAAAUGCGGCAGUCGAGCAGUCGCUAACUCAUGAUAGCUCCAAAAGAGACACGUCAGCCGGCAACUCCGAGCCGGAUCAUGUCCUUCCAGUUUCGCGCUGGACCACCGUUUCUCGGGACAACAAACUGUUGACCCAUCUUCUUGAUAUGUUUUGGAUGUGGGACAGCACCCUAUCCCACCUCGCCGACCAAGAGCUCUUCAUUGCCGAUCUAAGCGCCACCUUACCGGACCUCUCAACGGGUCAGCCCCGAAGCUUCUGUUCGCCCUUUCUCGUCAACGCAAUUCUUGCCGUGGCUUCUCUACAUGCAACACGCAAGAGUUUCAACCCACACUCGGGGGAUUUCGUCGCGCUCGGCCACGAGUUUGCCCGCUGUGCUUUUGACUUGCUCGAGUCCGAGAGACGUUCGGAUUCGAGCUCGUUAACGCUGCUGCAGGGCGCGGCCAUUCUCUGGCUCUUCGCCAAUAAUAAGGGCGCUCGAGCAUCCCCCACGCAGGCCGCCAGCCUCGGGGGCGUGGUCCAGCGCACCUGGUCGAAACUUGGUCUUGAGACCGGUGGCCCCAUGACCUUCAGGGUUUCCGGAACGAGUGAGGCUCAGAACGUCAAGAUCUGGAAGGCGGUCUCUCACAUGACAUGGGGGUUCUAUUGCUUCUUUGCAGAAAUGGCGGCAUUGUUCUCUCCAGACAUGUUGGUUCCGAGGCCUCAAAUUAUGAAGGUGUUCGAAGACGUGGAAGCUCAGCAAGGGCUCUGCUCGCCAGCCUCUUUCCGCUCCACCUCCAAUGACAGCCUGGAUAGCCAAACUUCACAUCAGUUGCAGCUUUUCAGUGCCAAAUGCUCCCUCUGCGAGAUUUCUAACCAGUUCAUGUCUGGGUUCUCGAUGAAUGAACAGGCCUCGCUUCUGGAUAGCAGACAGUCAAGUCAUGUUACAUCUCUUCUCUCCGAUACCGAAAGCAAGAAAGCAAGAAAGAAAGAAAGAAAGGAAACCCUCUCCGGAAGCUUCCAGCUGACAGCUUUCCCCACCAGAGCAACAUACGAUUUCGUCGCCCUGAGGCUUCUCCACAGCUACACGAGCCACGCCGGCACCGACCUAUUUGACGGCCGCAACGCCGCCUCCCUCCUGGUCCUCCACGCGAGCUCCAUGAUGACGAGCUUCUGGAUAUACCGCAGCAUCUACACCAUCAAGCACGAGUAUUUGGCGGCCGAGUACUGCUCCUUCGUCGCGCAUGCCCUUCUUCCGUCUCUCGAGACCAACGCCUCGACGCCCGUGGUCCAUGACAUCGUCGGCAUGGCCUGCUGCGUCCUCAACGACAUGGCGUGUGCGGGCGUCUCGGGCCGCGCGGGGGAACUGCUCGAGGGCAUCGAGGAGAGGGCGAGGGCAGCUAGGAUCCGCGUCCCGGCGUACGGUAGGCAGGAGGCAAACCUGGAGGCGCACGGAGGCCCGCCCAUGGUCAUGUUGCGCGGUGUGGGGGUUUCAACGGCGCCGAGGGCAGGAUGUCGGACGGCCGUCACAACGUGA